AUGGCUUUUCAACAGGAAUAUUUCGCUAUACCGCCUAUCACCAGGGCAUAUACGACUACUUGUCUGUUAACCACAAUUGCAGUUCAAUUGGAAUUUGUUACUGCGUAUCAGUUGUACUUCAAUCCAGAGUUGAUCUUUAAAAAGUUUCAACUAUGGAGAUUGAUCACGUGUUUUUGCUUCUAUGGCGGCAUUGGUUUCAAUUUUUUCUUUAAUCUUCUCUUUACCUAUCGAUACUGUCGUCAUUUGGAAGAAGGUUCUUUUCGUGGACGUGCAGCUGAUUUUCUUUUCAUGUUUAUCCUCGGUGGAACACUGAUGAUAAUCAUGGCAUUGUUCGUGAAUAUUGUUUUUCUCGGUUCCGCAUUAACUAUCAUGUUAGUCUAUGUUUGGAGUCGACGUAAUCCUUUUGUUCGCAUGAAUUUCUUUGGUCUUUUGAAUUUUCAAGCACCCUAUUUGCCAUGGGUCUUAUUCGCUUUUUCAUUACUACUCGGAAACUCAAUCAUUGUCGAUCUGAUGGGAAUUAUCGUUGGACAUAUUUAUUAUUUUCUCGAAGAUAUCUUCCCACGUCAGCAAGGUGGUUUCAAAAUCUUGAAAACGCCAAGAUUUCUACAUUGGCUGUUUGAUGAAAAUCGACGUCCUAGUGAUGACACUGAUACGCGUCCAAAUGCUGGUAACGAUGUACCUUUUGGUGCUGGUGGUUUUCAUUGGCAGUGA